UAAAAAAAUAAAAUUGAACGAGUGUAAAAUGUUUUCUACGUGAGUGAAUCAGCUCGGAUCGAGUAAGCGUUAGUAGAACACAUCUCAUUGCUUCGCAAAUGAGUUGUGCAAAAAAAAAUAUGACCGCUAUAUUUUUUCGUGAAUUGUCAGUUUUUUAUUUAUAUUAAUUGUGAUUGAACCAAAAAGUUUUGAAUAGUGGUUUUUAAAAGGGUUCUUAUGUUUAAGAAUUCAAGUGUAAUAAAAAAAAAAAUAGAUCAAUCGGUUGUGUAUUUUUGUAGUUAAUGCGUUUACCAACAUCCGUACAUACUGAGGGUCAUCACAGGAUUUGUUUGAAAUUUUUUUUUUUCAAUCAUCAUUUAAAAAAAAAAAGACUUGAAAUUGUAUUUGUUUUAUUCAUUAAUAAAUUAUCUUUCAAAUGGUAUGAAUUUAAAUCUUUUUGAGUAUAUUUGAACGAGUGUAAAAUCUUUUCUACGUGAGUGAAUCAGCUCGGAUCGAGUAAGCGCUAGUAGAACACAUCUCCUUGCUUCGCAAAUGAGUUGUACAAAAAUAAUUAUGACGUGGAUUAGUGAAACCAAAGAUUGUAUGUUUUACAAAAUCAAAAAUUUUUUUAUCGUCUUACAAUACAUUUUUUUUAAAGCUGUUGGAUUAUCACCCUGGACUAUUGAUAUGUCUCAAGUUAUAAAUAAUUCUCGUAUGAUUAAUUAUAGCAAUGAUUUAUUCAAAAAUUCAAUGAUCAGCAUAAUUUAUAAUUGUAUGAUAAUAAUUGUCAUGGCUUCGUUCUACAUUUGGGUUAUCUUAUUUCCAAAUAAUCAGCAUGGAAGACGUUAUGACACGAUAUAUUCCGCUAGAAUUAUUGCUAUAGGAAUCCCAAGUUUGGGAACAAUAAUAACGUUAAUUACAUGGUUCUAUUACAUUGUGCGUAAAAAAAAAAUAUUAAACUCAACUGAAAAAUUACUUAAAUUAGAUAAAAAAUUAAAAGAGCUUUACUGUACGGAAAAUAACUACAAAAGUGAUUAUAAUUUUUAUAUUAUAUUAUUUAUUAAUUUUUUAUUGUCCUUUUGCUUAUUAAUAUUUCGAUUACGACGACUUUAUUGGACAUCUGUACUGUUAGAAUAUAUACCCAGUUUAGUAAUUAGUUGGACGAUGAUGCAAUUCUCAUUGGUGAUUAAUGUAAUUCAUAAUCAAUUCAAAAUGAUUAAUAUCUCAAUCUUGAAAUUGGGUAAUUUAAUUGAUAAUAAUAGUAAUUAUGAUGAUGACGAAUUGAUAACAAGUGAAAUUUAUUAUCCGAGAAUUAUAAUUACGAGGAGAAUAAUUUGUGGAUCAAUAGCUCAUGAUCUUGAUAAUAUUAAAUGUAUUUAUAGUGAAUUGUGUGAUGUAUGGUGUGAAAUUUUUAAUUUUUAUGGAUUACUUAUUUUAUUGGGAAUUACUUAUUUCGGUGGACAUAGUAUGACUACAAUAUAUGACUUGUGGUUAUCAAUAAAAUUGUUGAGAGUAUUGAAAUUAUGGACUUUGCUGAAUCGGCCUAAAAGAUAUUUUAAUACUUUUUUUAAAAAUUUCACGAGUGAUAUCCUGUUACUCAUAUUGAUAAUUUUUGUAUUCAUCGUUAUGACUAAUAUUGUCACAAAAACAAUCCAACAGAGUAAGAAGACUUCAUAUUGUAUACAUGUACUCCAAAAUAAGUGUACAAUGGACGAUGAAAGCAAAGAAAAACUGUGCAGUUUAUCCCUGAGUUUAUUGCAACGAAAAUUUGAAUGCCGUGUGUUUGAUAUAACAUCAAUUGAUAAUUCUUUCUUACUAACUAUGUUCGACACAAUUAUGACAUAUGCUGUAAUUAUAGUACAAUUUAGAGUAGAAUUAGCCACGUAAAAUCGCCGGUAAUGGAAAAAAUACCGUAGAUUGGCCGAUGUCUAACUGCCGUCGCUCGGGCAAGCAUUGGAAAUUAGUAAUGGCCCAAAUCUGGUUAAUUACCAACAGCCGUUUAUCUUUUUAGCAAGAUAGCGUAUAGUUAAAUCGAAAUGAGUUUUUAAUUAAAUUUUUGAAUGUAUAUGUUAUGGUAUUACUGAUUUCAAAUCAGAAUGUGACUUUCCAUAAAGGAAACGCCAGUCAUACAACGCUGCCGAUGGCUGGCCAAUGACUGCUGAUUAUCGGUUCGCAACGUUGCGGGCUUCUGUUGGUUAAUCAGUGUUCCAUGAUUGCUUGUUGUUAAAUGAAAAAAUCUAUUAAUCAAUUAUUAAUUAUUCAACUAACUUGUUAUUAUAGUUUUCUUUAAUUAAAAAUUAUUUAUUUUUGAAGUAAACUAAGUUUUAUAACAAUAAUAACAAUUUAUAUAUUUUUUAGUUCGUUAUUAUUUGCAAUCACCA